AUGAUAGCGUUCGUUUUAUGCGUUGUUGGUUUCAUCGAGGGUAUUCUCUUUACAUUUUUCUGUUUUGAGCUAGUCCAGGAGCAAUUUGAAUCGAUUGGAGAUAAUCAGACCUACGUUGAUGACAUGAAAGAAACCUUCGGCAGACCUUAGGCACUUAUAGAUAACAUGUUCCAAGCUUUAGGCAACGAUUGGGUUUGGUGGCUAAUACCCACAACGCCAGAGUUAGACGUUAACCUUUUCGAAAAAUUAUACACAAUAAAGUAGCUGAAAAAAAUGAGAGAGUUUGAAGAGGAUGAAUAUGAUCCAUAGAAAAAAGGACUAGGUGAAUUCAAAAGAAAAGCCAGUCUGGAAAAGAAGAUUAUGAUGGGCCUUAUAGUGACUAAUAUAAUCUUAUGGUUCUCAUAUGUGCGUUUUGAGGUGCAGACUAAAUUGAUUUAAUGA